AAUUACAAACUUGUCCAGUGUUGCAUUAAACUGACAUAGUUCGGCGGUUCAUUUUACACAAACAACUUUGAGGUCAAAAAAGCUAUUGUCUUUGACAUUGGCAACCGUUGAUAACAUUAAUCUUGUUUACCACGAGUAGCUCCAAGCAUCUGUUUCUAUUUAAAUAAAUUUAUCAAUAUUGUUCCAGCACUUGUUUGUAAAUUCGGAUUAUCAUUUAUUUAUACUUAUAUUCAGGUGCAUUGAAAAAGUAUAUAAAGCACCGUGUUAUUCAUUUUCAUUUAUUCUCGUCGCAUUCGCGGCUUUGCCAAGUACUUUGCAACGCCCAGCUGCUACAUAUUUUACUGCAAUAAAUUUGAAAUUUCGAAGAAAUGGCCGAGAAUUCUCGUUAUGUACGUUUGGACGCUAAUGGUACGGAAGGUAUUGAAGAGCCUAAUCCAAGUAGACGGAUAAGAAACAAAAGCAUUCUUGAGAAGAUGUUAAAUUCAAACGACGCUGAGAGUCAGCAAGUGGCAAAAAGAAGAAGAGUAGAAGAACGUCCUGCAUCUUCAUCGAAUCCAGAUUAUGUGUGCAUAAAUGAUGUCUCGAUUAAUUCACCCGUCACACCAAUACCAGCAUCUCCAUCACCGGCAGCCUUAGACUUUCCUACGAUAUCUAGAAGAAUUUCACAAUCAUUAGAAAAUCUCGCGAAUGUGUCUGGAUUUCGUGUGGCCACCGAAAUUUCUCAAGAGAAUCAUUUAACUGAGUUUCAUUGCUGGUUACUGAGUACUGCAAUACUGAAUGAUUUGAGCUCUCGUUCAUUUCUUGGUAACUCGGACGUAGCCCAGAUGACAAGUCAAGAGUUACUGUGUCAAGCCAUUGAUCUCUAUGAGGAUGUAGAACAACUAUCACCACGGGAACUACUGAAUCUACCAUUCAUUCCUAGUCCAAUGCGUUCUAACAGCCAGUUAAUGGAGAUCCCAUUUCUCGAUCCUCUGCUGGUUGUAUUGUGGAGCAUACACCUCGAUGAGAUUCCUUGGAUGCUCAACAUCUUACCAUGGAGAAUCCUAGAUCGCCCUACUCGAGCGGGUCGCAGUAUUCUCGAGUGGAUCUUCAGACUUCGGAAUCUCCAUCAAUGGCUGGAGGCAACCAGAGCUCCGCCCAAUAUAGCACUAAAAAUCAUCCGUUUUGUUGAGAAGGUUCCACGGUCAUAAAUAGUAUAGUGUAUAGCGAGGAAGAAAGCAUCACGAUCUAAAACAAGCGAGGUUGACAGUCCGAGCUGAAGGGUAUGCUGCUUUCACCCAAAAUCUAGAGUUGUAAUAAUGCCAUAUCAUAUAUUAUAUUUUGUAUCUGAUCUGAAUGUCAGUUGUCAAUCGAAACAAGUCAAUUUAGGAUCGAUAGUGCAUGUCUACGUUUAACUUAAUUUGUUAAUAAUCAACUGCAAUUUUCGUGUGGCUAAAGUACAGUCAGAAACUGAUGUACUGUAUAGUGUUUAUUCAUGAUACCAGCAUCGAAACAAAGUUUUAGUAUCUUUAUAGCCAGUCGAAACAAGCUACUUUCAGUCUAAUGCCAUGAAUUAAUAUUAGCAAACGCGUGAAUUGUAGAUACCUUCAGUCAGCGGGCGAAAACAAACUUGUUUCGCCCCUUGAGAAAAAGUAUUUCGCAAUUUAAGCUCUUAGUUGUUUGUUUAAUAGUCUUACCAUUAACUAUUAAUUUCAUUAACGUAAAUGACAACCCGUAAAUAGCAGCCAACUUCACCCUGCUCUCAAAUCAUUUUGCUUCAUCCCUUGUCACACGAUAUCUUAUUUUACCAUAUCUGCACCCAAAAUUCAAAUUCCUGCCCUGUUUAGACGAAGAAAAGUCGUCCUAUUCUUUUAUGAGAAUGCCUAUGAUACAAAUUAGCACAUACGCAAUUCUUUCCACAAACAGAGGCAAAAAUGUAAAUUUUCAGGUGCAAGUCUGGUGAAAAAAUGUAUGCACACCAUAGACGAAGGGAGGACGUCCUAAUCAGCGUGUUUGCUACACUCGCAUUCGGUUCGGGUAGGAAACUGCAUACAUGGGUCGAAAUGUUCUAUUUUCCUCCCUAGGUGUGUAAUAUACUAAUUCGCUCUAAGAACAGAUCUAAUAAUUUUUCACGUACUAAAUCACAUUAGUCAGUAAGACUUCGUAGUUCUAAUACAAAUGAUGUUGAAAAUUAUUUUUAUAAUAUUUACUUAAUAAGCGGAAUGGUGUAAGAUUCCAAUUCUAUGUUUAUUGAAUAGAAAUAAAUAAAUGAGUUAACAAGGUCGGGAGUAUUUUAUUCUUGAUAUCGUAAGUUUCUGCCACUGAAGCCGUGAUGGCUAGUCACAUUAUGGCCAAAAAAAUAACAUUAAAUAUUUCCGAGUAUUUUUAUAAUACCUAAUUGAUACCUUAAGAAAUUUUCUUAAUCACGAUCACUCCUAGUACCGUUUUUUGAAGUUUGUAUGAAAUCUUCAUACGAUUUCUGUCUUCAGCUACUAGGAGCGUUCGUCAUUACGAAAUUUUCUAGAUAGAAGGAAUUCAACACCAGGGCUUAGUAAAUCGAGAUUGAUUGUUGUAGAUAUUUUAAUUGUGUGUACAAUCAGAGUCUAAAGAAGUUUUCCAUUUAAAUAUUUUCAGUAGGGCAACAACAAAAUUUAGUACAGACGCACUAAAAGAUGUUACACAAAUAAAAAGGAAAAGUCCAUUAUUUCAUAAAAUUCACUUAGCUCACGAUAAAACACAAAAAAAAAAGUACACUGAUCACUCUCAUAACACCAAGCAGGAAAGAAUUGAUGGGUUACUGAAUGCGAUUGAUACAGAGAAGAAUGUAGUCGUUGGGGACUGGAGCAUCAUUCCAAUCCUCUAUUUUGCGGAACCAUAAGAAGGUUUCAUACAUCUUCGAAACAACUGUUGUAUCACCGAUAGUUAUCACGGCACCCUCCAGCGUGUGAUGUUUUGAAAAGUAAUCUUCAAGGUCCGUGUGUAAUACGUGUUUCAUCAACAGCGGAGGGCAAAACUCCCAUUCCUUUGGCAGGAUACACAUUAAGUUACUCAUUUUCUUGCACAACGUUAUCACAACAAAGACGUCCAAUGUGUUGAGUGAGUUUUUCUUUAAUGUUUACAUUAUAACGCAGUCUACCUUUAUAUUGGAAGAAACAGGAUCAAUAACCCCAACGUUAUUUGUGAUGACCGUACGCUGCGAAGGUUGCAAUAACCUUAUCGAAUAAUCAGUCGCAUAUGAGUUGUUUGUCUGUAUGUUUUCUUUUUGGAUUUUCCGCGGUUGAAUUAUA